AUGAUUCCUUCCUCCUCUGACCCAGUAGCAGCGACAACUACAAAAACUGCUGUUGAAGGAGGAGUUAUCGAACAACAUGUGUCAUCACCAUAUGACAGCUGCAGGAAUCAACCAAAUAUUGACAUUUCAUUAUCCACAACUUGUUUGAAAACCUCUGAAUAUUCCAAUAAUACAAUAUCUACUCCCACUAGCAGCGCUGCUAUUUCCAACAAUAUUUCCUCCACUACUACUACUCCAUUAUCCACAAAACUUUCCCUCCAAAAUCUUCAUCAUCAUCAUCAGCCAAAUAAUAAUAAUAAUUUAUUUUCAUCAUUAUCGAUAUCGGAGGGGAAUACUUCACCACAUGCGAGAAAUGAAAGUAAUAAUAAUAACAAUAAUGGAGGAAGUUAUGCUGGUGGUGCUGUUGGAGGAGGUAAUAUAAUUCUAACACUUUCAAUGCCAACACCCAAUACACCCAAUACGCCGAAAGGACAAACAGGUAAUAAUGCGAAUCGACAGGAACAUGAAGAGAAGGCUCCUGAAGAUGCUGCCAAUGAUGAUAAUCUUGUAGGCAAUGGAAGGAAGAGUAGUGGUGUCGAUGUUGAUCAGCCUCAAGUGCUGCUGAACAAAUCCUCCUCUAAUAAUUCCUCUUCUUUUAAUCACAACAAUAAUGAAAUAUUUGGCGCCAAUAAUAAUAACAAACAAGAAAUAUCUAAAAUAACAACAAAUAAUCAGCAGCAACAAGAACAAUAUGUAGGAGGAGGACAAGAACAAUAUCAGCAGCAAUAUCAAAUUAUUCUAGUGAAGGAAAAUCAACAACAACAACAACAUGUUUAUGAAAAACGAGGAAGUGAAGAUCAGAGAGUUUCAUUCUCUUCGGCAACAAGUGAUUCUUCAUCAUCAUCAACAAUUCAGCCUUUGCACUUGACCAAUAAUAAUAAUUCAAAUAAUAAUACUACUACUACUAGUGAAUCAUCGACUAGCAAUAACAAUCAACGAUCAAUAGCCAAACCUCGACUUGUACCAAUUAUUCCCAUUCAAAAUAUACAAAAUCAUCAUCGAGGUUACUCACCAUCCUCCUCCGAUUCAUCUUCUUCUUCCUCUGAAGAAGAUUCAGGCUCCUCUGACUCUCCCAAAGUGAAAACAAGUAUAACAACAACACCAACAGGAGACAAGGAACCAUCCUUCUCUUCAUCCUCUUCAUCAUCAGCAUUGACUACUAAUCAGUCAAAUCUUCACCUGACAGAGUAUCACAAUCAUAAUAAUCGUUUUCAUAAUCGUACGCCUUCUUCACCCACUGCCAGAUUAACUGACGAUGUUAAUACAAUUAAAUUAUCAACCAUUUCUCCAACAUCACCUUCUUCACCUUCUGUUCUACCUUGGUCUCCACAUACACCACCAGUCAACAAACAACAACAACCACAACAACAUGCUCAUCUCUUGACUCCCCUUCCAAUUCACAAAAUUUCUAGUCCUAUGGAUUCAUCAGAUGAGCCAGCAAGAUUGACUGCUAGAACACAACAACCACUUUCACAAUCAUUUUCACAGGAUGUUUUACCACUUUUUGAUGAUAAUCAUGUGGAUCAAUUGGUUACACAUCGUACGAGUUCACUUAAUUUACAGGCAAGUUAUAAAGGUGGUCAUAUCAAUCAUGGCCAUUCUCACGAUCAUGCCAUACCUAAAAUUCAACAACGUAGAGGUCAAUAUUUUCCUCACGAUCAAUUCAAGAUUGUAAUGACUGAUUUCACAAUACAAAUCACUGAAAAGAACAAUGAAUCAAUAAUUAUUGAAGAGUAUACAGAAUUGAAAUCUCUAGGAACUGGUGGACAAGCUACUGUUUUUUCAGGUCUUGAAAAGACUACUGGUGAAAGAGUGGCUCUGAAGGUUAUUAAUGCUGGAGGAAAUUCAGCACAAUUGUGGAAUGAAUUUAAUAUUUUGAGAGUUUUAAAGCAUUCUUCAAUUAUACCCGUAUGGAAGUUGUACGAAACAAAGAAUAUUUUCAAUUCAAUGAUUAUGAUUACAAUGCCAGUGUAUAUUCAUGGCGACAUGACAGCAUUUAUUACCAAAUUUGCUCCUAAAUAUGACACAAAUCCAUUUACACCACACUGUAUUAUAGACAUGGUUCUUCAAAUAACGGAUGCAAUUCAAUAUACACACUCUAAAGGCAUUAUUCACAGAGAUUUGAAACCUGACAAUAUUUUCAUUUCUUCAUUGGAACUUGAUAAGAAGAAUAGAAAAUUAAUAACAUCAUGUAAAGUAACUUUGGGAGAUUUUGGACUUUCUAAGAAUAUACAACAAUCUAUGGCAGUUUCUGUUGUUGGUACACUUGGAUGGAUGAGUCCAGAUCAUUUGAAUGGUAAUUUUUCUCUCAAAACAGACAUGUGGAGUCUGGGAUGUAUUAUAUAUUAUUUGAUCAGCUUGGAUGCUGCUCUUUUAAACACUAACGAUAUGAUUAACGAGAAUCAUGCUGCACACAAAGUGAAAAUGAGAGAGAAUAUGUACAAGAAAAUGAAUUCAACAUUACCUUCAAAAUUUGUGGAAUUAAUAGAUAUUGUUGUUACUAAGUUAUUGGAAAAGAAUCCAGAGGAGAGAUUAUCUUCUCAUGAAUUCUUUUGGGAUUAUUUGAUACCUUGGAGAUUUAGAAUUGAUGAAACCGAGUUGACAGAAGUAGUCCCUGGAAAAGAAGGUCUUUAUUCUUGGAAUGGAUCUACUGUAACAUUAAGAAGGGUCACUAAAGAUCAAUUUAAAACACUUAUUCAACUCCGAGAUAUUCAAUACAUUACUAAAGUUCUAGGAUACUUUACAACGUAUGAUGAAUUAACAGAUCAAGAGGAGAUUUACAUCCUCCACAAACCUCAAGGUACCAAUUUGAAGGCCUAUCUUGUUCCAUCGAAUCCAAGAUAUGUCUCCCUUCAUGACAAAUUGGAAAUUUUGCUCAAAAUUGCAACAGCCAUCGAAGAAAUUAAUAGAACUACAGAUAUUAGAUUUAUUAUCAAAUUGGACGAAUCUAAAAUAUAUAUUGAUGAACAAGGAGAAGUUACACUCUCAAUUUUGGAUGCCGUUCAAGUACAACAACAACCUAUGGAAAAGGAUAACAUUUAUAAUUUAUAUUUCUUUAGUUUGGAUUUAUUGGAUGAUUGUAGAGAAAUUUAUAACUAUCCAUUUGAGGAAUCAUAUUCUAUGGUUAGGAAAAAGAAUAGUUUGAUUGAUUUCCCAAGAUUACUAGUUUUCGUCUUUAGUAAUUCAAUAGUAACUCAUCCAAGCAAAUAUUCAUCCAUUUACGUCUCACAAAAGUUGUACACUCAACUCUAUAUGAAUCACAAGUUCCCAGGGGAUAAAUAUGCAGCCGAAAGAAAGGAAAGUGUUACCUCAUAUCCAUCUAUCCAUUCCCCUAAUUCUUUGAGUAUGACUCCUCCAACAGAGAAUCCACUUGGACAAUCACCACCUCCUUCAUCAAAUAUUGCCAUCAUUACCCAAACAAUGGAAGCAGAGAAAUUGACACCAGAAGAGCAGUUCCAUUGUUCACACAAGAGAAUUAAGGAAAUGAUUAGAGCCAACUCAAUCAGGCACAUUCUCAAAUCUUAUCAUAUUGGAAGAGAUGGAAAUGAUAAAAAGUGGAGUAAAAUAAUUAUUGAAGAAGAAGAGGAGGGUGAAGUUCAAGCUUAUGAAGAAUACAGUCACCUACAAAACUAUCAUCUCACCUCUAACGCUCAUGGUACUGAUUCUCCUGUGGAAAUUUCAGGAAAAGCAAAGAAAAACCCUGAGCUAGUUCAUGUUUCUAUUGAAUGUUUGAACUUCCAACCAAUUCUAUUCCGUGAUUAUUUCAAUGGAAAACAACUAGAACCAUUGUAUUUAUAUUGGUACUUGAUCGAUAUCAAACAAAAGAGAAGAAUUUCAGAGACCUUCAGUUGUGAUAUCAACUCUAGAGAAAUGAGAAUCUUCCUGGGUGAAGACAAUGAGGAUGAUGAUCCACUUUCAGUCAAAAAGAGCAGAUGUGCUGGCUAUGAAGUUGAUUCUAGUAACUCUGACAUCAUGGUUUUGUUUGUUGUGACAAAGACUCUACAAGGUUCUGACAGCAUGGACGCCUACAUUAAACCUGGUAAAUCCAAGUUGUCAGAGGAAAAGUUCACCAAAUCUGUCAAUACUCUUUUCCCUACCUUAAAGAAUUAUCAACAAGUUGUUUCAUGGGCUUGUGAACCUCUCUUUGAUUUUGAAGGAAAUUUGAUUUUACCUAAAGAAAUUGAAACAUUCUAUUAUAUGGAUGAGGUCAGAAAUGAACAUUCCUUCUAUGAAUUCUUUGAAAAGAGAGAUGUCAAGAAAGAAAAGUUAGUUCCAAUGACACUCAAACUUCACUGUGAGCUUACCAGAGCCUACGAAGCAACAACUGUCUCAAGCAAAGCAGCCGAAAGCCUUACCGAUUUGAAUGACCAAUUUGCCACUUUGGAUUUGAAAUCUACUUCGUUUUACUUGAAGCAAACUAAUGGCAAUAACAAUGGUUCCUACAUGUGUAAAAUGUUCACAUUCGCUCCUAACUUUAGAAGCUCACUUACAGACAGUAACAAUUUGUAUAUCUAUCCACUUUCUACUGCUUUCAAACGUCGUUUAUUCUUGAAAGAUAUGAAUGUUGGUAUUAUUGUGAAAUUUAAGAGGAACGAUAGAGAUAUUAGUGAUGAAGGAGAACAAGUUUUCAUCAAGAAGAAUAACAAGACCUUCAAGGAAGGAUUCAGCUCUGUUUCUUAUCAAUCUACCUCACCCCAAUUCAAUGAUGAGCUCAAAUUGCAACUACCAGAACAAUUGGGCUCUGGUGACCAUUUACUCUUUACUUUUGUCAAUGUGGAUUGUGCUGGAGACGAGAAGAAUGUACAAGUUGUUGGUCACUCAUACUACAUGUUGUUGGGAAAGCAUGGUCUGCUUGCCACCCAUGGAAAUCUUAUUUUACCAAUCUAUAAGAGACUUACCCCAAAGAGCUACUUGCAGGCUAACGAAGAUACAAAGAAGAAUGGAGAGUUCAAGGUUGAAUUCCAACCAAUUUCAACACUUUACACCACUGAUAUUAACCUGUACGAAUUCUUCUCUGCCAACGAAGUAGUCAAAGUCAUGAAAAGUAUUUAUGGAGAAAAUUUGGCUGAAAUUCAAAAUAACAUUUCUAAAAAGUUGAAGAAUUUGGAAAAGGUUGUUGAUUUUAGAAAUCUCAUCCAAUACAUGCCCCAAAUUGUGGAUGAAUUGCUGUUAAUGAUCACACUAAAGCAAUUCCCAAAUGUUCAAUCAGGAGCUUUUGGUCUACUCAACUCAUAUCUAGAUAAGCUCAAAAAGACUGAAAGAAAUACCAAACAAUAUAUUGAAAGAUAUAUCAAGGAAGCUUUUGUUAAUCAUCCAGAUUCUACAGGUCUUCUUUUUGAACAACUGUUGAAGAGAUAUGUCAGAAAUCUUGAUGAGGAACAAAAGAUGCGAGCUGAAAAAAAGGGUGAAAAUUUCAAUUUUUCAGUGUACAAUUUUAUAUCAGGUGGAGGAUCACAUGACGGAUUCUUGAUCAACAUGCCAAAUGAUAGCAUUACCAUUGAAAAUAGUUCUAUCUACUUCCAACUUAUUGAAAAGUCUUUAAUUCUUUACAUGAAUAAUCAAAAGUUACUCAAUCAACAAUAUGGUGCUUAUAGCCCUUUGAGGCAUUUAAGUAAGAAGAAAGAUGAUGUUCCUGCACCAUUCUCUCAACUUUUGGAUCUUCUUUCAGAGUUGAGAACACUAGUUGUGAAAGAAUGCAAGUUUAGAUAUUCUACCUCCAUGUCAGUUGCCAAGCUCCUUGUCUCAUCUUAUGCACAAUUCUUGUGUGGAUUGAUGAAUUUGAUAGAUAGAGGAUUUAUCAUUACAGAAAUUGAAAUGUUCUUGGAUGAAUUCCUCCCAUCAAAAGAUCAACAAUUUGAACUCUUACAAGAACUGAAGAAUAUCUUCUUGAAACAAAUUUCUUGCUAUGACCACUUCCUGUCCAUGUGUCUUGCAUACAGCACCUCAAGCUGCUUGCAAUAUGUGAAAAAGAAUGGUAAUUAUAUUGUUUAUCACAUGUGUGACACUCACUACUUGUCUGGCAUUUUCAUCAAGAGAUUCCUCCUCGACACUCUCCACAAACAACGCAAGGUCAGAGAGAAGGCAGCCAUCACAUUUAACUUUUUACUCUCCCGACACGAAUACGAUGCUCGAUUCCAAAGUAAGGAAGAAAGACAAAAGAUUGCUUCACUCUACUUCCCUUUCAUUAUUAUAAUUUGUGACUUGUGGAAAACUUAUGAGGAGCUCACUAAAGCAGAUUCCAAAUCACUGAAGGAUACACCAGACAAACGUCCAGAAGCACAAACCAUGCUCAUCAACUUUUUACACAUAUUAAUCAAUACGAGAAAGAAGGUAUUCAGACAGUGGUGGACUCAAGAAGCUGUGGAGAGAAAGAAGCAAUUCAUCAAGAUUCUCUCAUCAGUUCCAAAACUAUUCAAAUAUGCCCACUCGAGAAAUUCCAGUGCUGAUGAAGAUGAAGAUCCCUAUCAUCAACAUCAACAUCCAAUGGCAACUCCAAGAAGUAGCAGUCUCAAACCAGUAUCCUCCAGAGAACAAUCCGAUGGUGCUCUCUCUCCAAGAGGUAAAAAGUCUGGCACUAUGAAAGAAACAACUGGAAGAAAGAGUUUCAUUUUCCCAUUCGCUUCAAAGGACGAUUCAUUCGAUCCAAGGAAGGUUCCUCUUUCUAGAUUUUCCUCACCAACUGUUAACAAGCUCUCUCACAGAACUUCUGUCAGCAUCUUGAGAAGUCAACAAUCCAGCUAUUCUCAACUUUUCAGAGGUGAUUCUAAGAAAAAGGCCAAAGAACAACAAAACAGAUGGAGAAGAAUUCUCUCAAUUCAAGCCAGUAUUGCUACUAUGAGAAUCAUGUCUUGGAUUUUCGAAGAGGAACUCUAUCAACAACAGCAAAAUGCAAGACCAAGUAGUCCUGAUGAUCUCACUUCGGAUUUGUCCUAUCUGAAAAUCGUUUUGGAAUUCUUCUUUUCACAUUUGGAAGUUGAGCAAUCCGAAACAACUUAUCAAUUGGUAUUCCAAUUACUUGCUCUCUUUGUGAAGAAUUACAAGAUAUACAGUUACUAUUAUUCACGUGAAGAUUUAAUUAGAAAGGUUAAUGAAUUUGCAACAAGAUCAACCGUUGAAUCUACCAAACUUACUGCACUUGCUUUCACAAAAUGGGUCAAAUUACAGCAGCAAUUAUUUGCAUCCUUGUCUUUCUCUGCAAAUUCUGUCAAUAGACAAUCCUCUUACAAUAUCAAACCAAUAGACAGAACCAAGUCAUCAGGUGCUUCCAAAUUUGAUGGAAUAUUAAACAUUUCUGACUUGUUGUGGAAUAUUAAAGUCAGAUACAAGGAGAGACAAUACGUAGAACAGUUGAAGGGAUGGCUCAACAGUCAACAACCAGAUGUGAUCACUGCUGUCGAAUAUUUGGAAAAGGAAUUUGUCAAGUACAUGUAUCCAGAUGAUUUCACACCAACUACAAAUGUAAACAGUAAGGCAAUGAGAGUUUCUGAUAAUGACAAUGACGAAGAGGAUCUUGAAAGUGUUCCUUCUGAAGAGGAAGGUGAAGAACUCUCGCUCUUCCAAGCACUACGACUAAUGUAAAGAAUUUAAAUAGCUAUAUAAAUUUGAAAAAUUUCCUU